GCAUUUGUAACGGCUAGUUUUACUUGAUUUCUGCUUGCUAUACAUUGUUUCACACACAUUUUAAUUUCUCAUUAAUAAUAUUUCUAAAUCUGAAUAUUACACACAUCUUUCAACUGUUCUUGUUUUUUCAAUCAGACCCAGUAAACAAGCUAGGGUUUUAUUACAGCACGCUUCAAUUUCAAGGGUUAGAGUUCAGAUCUUUUUUGGGUAAAUUAAUAAAUUAACGGAGAUGGCUCAAGGUCAAGAGAUGGGGUUUGAGUAUACCAGUCUUUCAAGGUCAUGGUCAUUUGGUAGAAAGAGGGUUUUUGUGGCUAAUCACAUGGAGGUGGAUUCUUGUUUCACUACUCCCAAGAAGAAGCACUGUAGAGGAGAUUCAGUUCUGGAUUCUGAAAAAUCUGCACUUGAUUCCCUUCCUCAAGACAUUUUGAUAAGGAUAUUAUGUGGUGUGGAACAUGAUGAUUUGAAGACGCUGUUUAAUGUGUCGAAUUCGAUUAGGGCAGCGACUGUGAUUGCAAAGGAAUGGCAUUUUGCAUAUAGUACUCCCACGAAGAAAUUGGCAUUUAGAGAUCCUGUUGAGUUUGAGAAUUCGGGUGAUACUUAUGAGGUUGAAGCUCCUAAUGCCCCGAAGCAAUCAAGGGUUGCACAGUCUCGUUUGAAUGGGAAGAAUCAACUAUCACUGUCAAGGAGAUUGUUUAUGGAACUGGAAACAGAGGUAUAAGUUACACAGAUGUACAGUUUUGUAAGUAACACUGUUUUGUUAGGUAUUGUUAUAUCAUUAGAUAAGAAGACAACUCUUGGUUGAUUAGAGAUUAGUUAUGCGCCAUUUGGCUUGUACACCACAAGGAUCUUUGAGAGCCGGCUUUUGAUUCUUCAACCAUUUCAUUGAAGAGGAAGAGUGUGCUUGUCUGUAUUUGUUUGUACAUUUUUAGUGAAACAAUGCAAGAUUUUGAGGAUGAAAUGUACAUACCGGAAAGCAUAAUUCAGCCUAAUUUCUGUCUGUUCUUUCA